CGUGGCAGUUCCCAGGCCAGCUGUAACUCGGCGAGCGAGAACAGCCUGUGGGGACACCCGCUGCAGGAAAGACGCGGGAGCAGCGGCCGCUGCGGGAGCUGGGUCACGGGAGCAACCGGCACUGGGAGCAGAGCGCGGGCUCUCUGAAGCCCGGCGGCGAGUGGGAGUCGACCAGGGUUCUUUGAUAGAACUAUUCCUUGGAAUGAUAUUUCCAUAAUGAGUCAACAAGGUUAUGUGGCUACACCUCCCUAUUCUCAGUCCCAGCCUGGAAUAGGCCUUUCUCCACCAAAUUACGGGCACUAUGGGGACCCAUCUCACACAGGUUCUCCACCAGGUGUGAUGAAGCCAGCAGGGCCUAUGGGGGCUGCUGCCCCCGGGGGGAUGUUGUCUCAGGGCCAUCCACCUCCUGGACCUCAUCAGUUUGGCCAGAAUGGAGCUCAUGCCCAAGGUCAUCCUCCUCAAAGAUUUCCUGGCCUUCCACCUGUCAGCAGUGCGGCCCCCUCCUAUGCACCACACUCGCCCUCUACACAGUCGUCUUAUCCAAGUCCGGUGUCCACUUCAUCCGUCGCCCAGCUGGGCAGUCAGCUCGGCACUAUGCACAUCAACAGCUAUGGUUCGGGCAUGGCUCCCUCUGGCCAAGGUCCCCCUGGCCCUCCAUCAGCACCGUCAUUCCAGGGUCCUCCCCGACCUCUGCAGCCGUCCAUUGUGCAGCCUGGAUCUCACGUUCUCCCACCACCACCCACUGCACUCAAUGGCCCUGGUGUCUCACCUUUGCCUCCGUCGGCACCCAGACAAGAUGGGCUUCCUGGGCCUGCUCCUCUGAAUGCCCAAUACCAGCCCCCGGCUCUUCCAGGACAGACCCUGGGCCCUGGAUAUCCUCCGCAGCCAGCCAACUCUGGCCCCCAGAUGGGAGGUGCGCCGCUCUCCUACCCAGGAGGCUUCCCUGGAGGUCCUGCACAGAUGGCGGGUCCACCGCAGCCCCAGAAGAAGCUAGAGCCUGCCGUGGUCCCCAGCCCAAUCCAGGUCAUCGAGAAUGACAGAGCCACCAGAGGGGGACAAGUUUAUGCCACCAACACCAGAGGCCAGAUCCCUCCCCUCGUCACUACAGAUUGUGUGAUACAAGACCAAGGCAAUGCUAGUCCUCGAUACAUCCGCUGCACAACAUACUGUUUCCCGUGCACGUCAGAUAUGGCCAAGCAAGCUCAGAUCCCAUUAGCUGCAGUCAUCAAACCCUUUGCCACGAUUCCUUCAAAUGAGACACCCCUCUACUUGGUGAAUCAUGGCGAGACCGGACCAGUCAGAUGCAACAGAUGCAAAGCCUACAUGUGCCCGUUCAUGCAGUUCAUUGAAGGAGGAAGGAGGUACCAGUGUGGAUUCUGCAGCUGCGUGAAUGACGUUCCACCAUUCUAUUUCCAACAUCUGGACCACAUUGGAAGAAGACUGGACCACUAUGAGAAGCCAGAGCUAUCUCUAGGAUCUUAUGAAUAUGUUGCUACUUUGGAUUACUGCAGAAAGAAUAAACCUCCCAACCCACCAGCCUUUAUCUUCAUGAUUGAUGUUUCAUACAGUAACAUUAAGAACGGACUUGUGAAGCUCAUAUGCGAGGAACUGAAGACCAUGCUGGAAAAACUUCCAAAGGAAGAUCAGGAAGAGACGUCUGCAAUUCGAGUGGGCUUUAUCACAUAUAACAAAGUUCUCCAUUUCUUUAAUGUAAAGAGUAAUUUGGCCCAGCCUCAGAUGAUGGUGGUGACCGACGUUGGAGAGGUCUUUGUUCCUUUGUUGGAUGGUUUCCUUGUCAACUAUCAAGAAUCCCAGUCUGUGAUUCACAAUUUAUUGGACCAGAUUCCAGAGAUGUUUGCAGACUCAAAUGAAAAUGAGACUGUCUUUGCUCCUGUCAUCCAGGCUGGCAUGGAAGCGCUAAAGGCAGCAGACUGUGCUGGGAAACUGUUCAUCUUCCAUUCCUCCCUGCCAACUGCAGAAGCACCAGGGAAGCUCAAAAACAGAGAUGAUAAAAAACUGAUUAACACAGACAAAGAGAAGAUCCUCUUCCAGCCCCAGACAAAUGUCUACGACUCGCUGGCCAAGGACUGCGUGGCCCACGGCUGCUGUGUUACGCUCUUCCUCUUCCCCAGUCAGUAUGUGGAUGUGGCCUCCCUGGGGCUCGUGCCUCAGCUCACUGGAGGGACCCUCUACAAAUACAACAACUUCCAGGUGCACUUGGACAGUCAACAAUUUUUGAAUGACCUCAGAAAUGAUAUUGAAAAGAAAAUAGGAUUUGAUGCUAUUAUGAGAGUUCGUACCAGCACAGGUUUCAGAGCCACUGAUUUCUUUGGUGGCAUUUACAUGAACAACACCACCGAUGUAGAGAUGGCAGCCAUCGACUGUGACAAGGCUGUGACUGUGGAGUUCAAGCACGAUGACAAACUCAGUGAAGACAGUGGAGCCUUAAUCCAGCUUAUUUUACCAGAUUCCAUGAAAGUACUGCCGGUGUACAUGAACUGUUUGUUAAAAAACUGCGUGCUGCUCGGCCGGCCAGAGCUCUCGACGGACGAGCGCGCGUACCAGCGGCAGCUGGUCAUGACCAUGGGCGUGGCCGACUCGCAGCUCUUCUUCUACCCGCAGCUGCUGCCCCUACACACGUUAGAUGUCAAAAGUACAAAGUUACCUGCUGCUGUUCGUUGCUCUGAGACCUGUCUUUCAGAAGAAGGAAUAUUCCUGUUGGCUAAUGGGCUAAACAUGUUCUUAUGGUUGGGAGUAAGCAGCCCACCAGAACUGAUCCAAGGAAUUUUUAAUGUGCCGUCCUUCGCACAUGUCAACACAGAUAUGACAUUACUGCCUGAGGUGGGAAACCCAUACUCUCAAACACUCAGAAUGAUAAUGGGUAUUAUCCAACAAAAGAGGCCAUAUUCAAUGAAGCUCACGAUAAUAAAGCAGCGAGAACAGCCAGAAAUGGUUUUCCGACAGCUCCUGGUCGAAGACAAAGGACUUUAUGGAGGCUCAUCUCAUGUGGAUUUCCUUUAUUAUAUUCACAAGGAGAUCUGUCAGCUGCUUAACUAACUGAACCUUCUGGACUGUUGAAUCUGCAUUUCUAAGGAGAUAAUCUCCUUCUUGGUGCCUAAUUCUCCAGAUGCUAAUAGGCUACUUUUAAUUUCUUGCUCAUUUUCAGAAUAUCUUUCCAAGAUGGCAUUUAGGACUUCCAUCUUUGGUGCUCAGGUAUAAAGCCAGUGAAGGUACACUUGUACCUAAAAGGGAACAGUCUAUUUCUGAUUGCACAAUUUUUACCUGUUAAAAUUGAUACACUUUGCAUUUCAUGGAAGGCAUAGUUUACAGAACUUGUAAACAUUCUCAAUUUUCUUUGUGUUUGACAUAUAAAUUAUUUUUCAAAAUGUAUACAUUUGGGGUAAACGUUUUGGUUCUUCUCCCAUUUGCAGUGAGGGAAAAAAAACCUUAAUUUUUACAUUGUAUUUUUUUUUAAAACCAUGUAACCCCACUGAACAUGUUUUUCAACUUAAGGUUUGCAUAAUAGCAGACUUUUAAAUAACCUUGGAAUCUAUUUGGUAGAACAAUUUGUGUUCUACAUUUUUUUCAUAAUUAUAUGUUGUGUAUAUUAAACCUAUUUUCCAGUUCUGUCUAUAAAAACUGUCUAUCAAUAUUCUUAAUGGUUCUCUGUACAAUUCUGAAGGUUUCUACCUGUAUAUAAUGGAACUUAACCAGUAUCAAUAAAUCACUUCAUAUGCUCUUAGCCACUAGAAUUCAUUUUUUAAGGUAUUUUGAGAUUUUAAAAAGAAAUAAGGGUAGUACUUAGAGUGUCUUAGAAAAAGCUGAAAACUUUUUUUUUUUUGAGAGUUGGGGAUAAUAAAUAAAUCUAAAAUAUCAGAGACCAUAUACUCAAAAAAGGCAAUUUAAAAGUUCUCCAGUAUGUUCUUGUGAGCAAAA